AUGUUCACCUUGACUGUUCCUGAGGGCUACGGCGCCGUCAUCGCCGUCGCGCUGGGCGCCAUCCCCGUCCUGGGGUUCGUCCACGGCAUCGUCACGGGCAGCACCAGGAAGAAGGCCCAAAUCCCCUACCCCCACACCUACGCGACCGUCGAACAAUGCAAGGCUGAUCCCAAAGCCGAGCAAUUCAACUGCGCCCAGCGCGCGCACGCCAAUUUCCUGGAGAACUCCUCCCAGACUAUGCUCUUCACGCUGGUGGCCGGGGUGAAAUACCCGCAGCUGGCGGCGGGCUUGGGCGCGGCGUGGGUGGUCUUGCGGGCGCUGUUCUUGCACGGAUACGUGUACUCGGGCAAGUCGGAGGGUAAGGGUCGGUACAGGGGGGGUCUGUUCUGGUUGGUGCAGGGUGCGUUGUGGUGGUUGACGGUCUUUGGCGUGGCGAAGGAGUUGUUCUAGGGGUGCACGGGUGAGGUUGGUGAGAGUGUGGGGAUGGGGAUGGGCUGCUGGUCCUGUGUAGUCUAGUUAAUGUUCGUAAGGGAAUCUGUUAGGUUUGCAUCUUUUAUUUGAGCAAUUUUGUUUGUUGGAGCUCUGGGUGAAGACUGAACGGUAGUAGUGGGGACUGGUUGUUGAGGGAUUGGUGCUCAUUGUGAGGGUUGGAGUAAGUGUACAAGUAUCAGUUGCAAUGGUAAGUAGGUUAUGGUCAGUGGAAAGAUAUCUGGAGACUUAGCUCAGCAUCUUGAGAUACGAGGCUUGGAGCAGUGGCUGUCUGUAUUCAAGCUCGGCGGAGAAGCUCUCAGGGCCGCAGCCUCGGCAUUCGGCAGUGUGGCUGACCCCACGGUCGGAGGUGGAGCAAUCUAGAAGCCGAUGUGGCUGAUGAAGGAUGGAGGGGGAAUCUUUGGGUAUGAUUUUAUCGUCUAUCGUGUUUUCUUCCGCAGGCCUUCU